CCGCGAUCGUGCCACGACUCGCGCCGUUGUCCAAUCACGAGCGUACACCCUUUACACAUCCGGCGCACACGACCAGGUGUUUUCGCACGCCGGCUGCCCAUUUCCGCGGUUGGAAAGCCCGCCGCCGACCGCCGUCUUACCGUUCCAUCGACAAGAAGCGGCUUUUGUUUUUGUAACGCGUGUGCUAGAACAAUUAACACAAUACAGCCAACUACUAUCAGCGAAGACGUUGAAAGUACAAAAUAGGCAAUAGCUUGCGACAGUCGGGUUUACUUGGUGUCGUUCAGAUGGUUUCAAGGAAAUGAUAACCUCAGGGAAACGUGUGUUCAUAUUCGGAAGAAUUUAAUUCCGGACGGCCAGUGCACAAUGUGAACGUUGACUGCCGUGUCUAUCCACUGUUGUAGCGGCAGCGUCACAGGCCAACGCGACCUCGAGGCCCCACGCACGUCUGCGGUAGCUGCUGUCGACCGGAAUGGAAUACUCGAACAUCGUACAGAUAGCGGCCGGUUGGUCGGCUAUCGAGUCGGGCGUCCACAACGGCACGCUGGGCGGCGGCGGCGGCGGCGGCGGUGGGUACAACAGCACCGGGGCCGACAAUGAGACGUCCUGCGACGACACGUCCGACCACGAGUCGUCGUUGUACCUGAUAUCGAAAAUCCUGUACAUAUUCGUGUGUAUCAUCGGGAUGUUGGGCAACACGCUGGUCAUCUAUGUGGUGGUCAGGUUCUCUAAAAUGCAGACGGUGACCAACAUGUACAUAGUGAACUUGGCCAUCGCCGACGAGUGUUUCCUGAUCGGCAUACCGUUCCUGAUCGUCACCAUGUCGAUGGAGUUCUGGCCGUUCGGCAACGUCAUGUGCAAGGUGUACAUGACCACCACCAGCGUCAACCAGUUCACCAGCAGCAUAUUCCUGAUGAUCAUGAGCGCCGACCGGUACAUAGCCAUAUGCCAUCCCAUAUCGUCGUCCAAGGUGCGCACCGCGUACGUGUCGAAAAUCGUGUCGGUCACCGCGUGGACGUUCAGCAUCAUACUCAUGAUACCGGUGAUCAUGUACGCCAACACGAUGGACAAAGGCAACGUGAUGAGCUGCAACAUCAUUUGGCCCGAGAACGACUUCUUCAGCGGCCAGACGGCGUUCACGCUUUACUCAUUUGUGCUGGGCUUCGCCAUACCGCUCAUGCUUAUAUUCGUAUUCUACAUACUGGUCAUUAGGAAACUUCAAACGGUGGGCCCGAUAAACAAGUCGAAGGAGAAAAAAAAGUCGCACAGGAAGGUUACCAAACUGGUGUUGACUGUGAUCACGGUGUAUGUGCUGUGCUGGCUGCCGUACUGGAUCACUCAGGUGGCGCUCAUAUUCACUCCGCCCAAGCAAUGCCAGUCCAAGGUGGUCAUUACCAUAUUCCUGUUGGCUGGCUGCCUGAGCUACAGCAAUUCCGCUAUGAACCCUAUACUGUACGCUUUCCUCAGCGAUAACUUUAAAAAGAGCUUCCUGAAAGCGUGCACGUGCGCUGCUGGCAAAGACGUGAACGCGGGCCUGCACCAGGAAAACAGCACGUUUCCGCGCAGGAACCGCGGCGGAUCGGAGCGCCUCAAGACUGGCCGGGCCACCACCAUUCUCUGUCAAGCGGUGGGCACCGGCACCGUGGGCUGCAGCAGCCGCGACGACGACGCCUUGUGUUGCGGCGAGUCGGGCCCGUUGGUCUGCAGCCGCGCCGAACUGGUCAGCAAAGAGAACACGUCCACCGCGCUGACCAUGACUUCCCGGUCAACAUACAACGACAACGGCAAUGUGCCACCCGCGCAGUUGUAGUAACAAUAAUAAUAUAACAUGCGUUAUUAUUGCGCCGGCGUCUCGGGCCGGAAGAAGUGCCAUUCUCCUCCAAUCCAUCGUGUUAUUGCUGUUCGUGUCAUUUUUCUUUUGUUCCCAUUAUUGUUUACUCCCUUUGUUUUCAUACCGUUGUUUCCCUGCCCAUGUUUCAAAAGCUUCCGGUCAAAACUCAAGUGACCGGCCGGAAGUGGUAUUACGAUCUAUGUUUCUUCAGAAGGCUAUUGUACGAUCUCCGCAAGGACACGCCGUAAAAAAACUUACAUAUAAAUAAGCCAUUUAUUUCUGUUACGAUCUCCUUCCCGAUUCAUCUGAUCCCGAUUUUCAGACUGCAAAUUUAUUGUUGUUGAAAAAAAUACAUGAUCUAGCGUCUAAGUUAUUAUGUUUCGUUGAUUAUAAUAACUUAUUAAACCGCAUAACUUUUAUGCCGUAAUCGUGUUUGUAUAAUGGAUAAUUACACCAUUACAUAAUUUACCUAUUUCUAUUAUUUGAAUAGACAAAUAUUAUGUGUAAAGCUGUACAAGCUAUCAUAAAUAGGCGAAGACUGUUAAGAAGACGCUACCACUGUUAAAUCUCACAUUUUUUUUUCUAUAAAUUUAUAAAGUUUUUGUAUUUUUUACAAAUUAUUAAAAAUUAGCAGAUUGAGUUAAAAAAGAUUAAGCGCAGACGAAGUUCUUCUCUAUUUACUGUGAAAAUGUAGAGAUUUUACAAUAAUUCCAAGACACUUUGGUUUUAGUGCGUGCAAAGCUAUUUUUAUGAAAUUAAAUUGUAAUUUUUUUCUAUAGAAAUGAAUGUAAUAUUCUGAAGAAAAAACAGAAAAAAUAAUAAAGAAUCCUCAAUACUGUAUUAAUAAGUGAAUACUACCUAUAGUUUAAGCUCUAAAUUAAAACAACUUGCUCUUUACAAAAUUAAUGGGUAGAGUCUUCUUAACACUGAAAAUCAUAUGUAAUAUGGCGUGUAUAUUUAAGGGCGCCCUCAGAUGACAAUUCAGGGGGAAACGCCGAUAAUUUUGUACCUAAUAGAUUUUACAAAUUUGGGAUAUUGGGUAUACAUCUUUUUAACUAGCAGAGAAGCUAGGGGGGAGUUGUCCCCCCGUCCUUCCUUGUGGGCGCCCUUGUCUAUAUUACAUGUUAAUGAGUGUGUGUGUGUUAAAUUUACCUUUGUAAUGCCUUUAUGUAAAUGUAUGUAUUUAAUUAUAAUGGUAAAACACUACAUUUAUAUCCAAUAAUUGUAGUAUUUGUCUGUAUUUGUUCAAAACUCACUCUGGCUAUUUGACAUGUGCAAACAUUAAAACACAUAAUAAGCAAGAGGUUUCAAAAGUCUUAACAUUGUAUAAUAAUUAAUUAUUAUUAUAUUAUACAUAUAAGGUAUUUCAUACUUACAUAUUAUAGUGUUUACAGUUACAGUAGCUUCCUAUCUCAACACGAGAAUUCUAAUUAUGAAUACUAAGAAAUAAGUGUUAAUAAGUAAUCUCAAUUUAAUUAUACCCAUACAAUUAGUAACAUACAAUUGAUCACAUUAAUUCAUCAUCAGUAAAUAUAAAUUCACUGUGUUUAUUAUUUAUUUGUCCGUUUUUUUUAUUUAGUUAAAGCGGCGUUAGCCAGGUAGUAGGUACCUCUACGACUAACUUGCAAGGGUAUGGAUAAAGUUCAAACCAAAAAAAUGUUCAAGACUAUAUAUGUAUUACGCAGAAUUGGACAAUCAUUUUUGAUUUUACAUAUUUAAAAAAAAAGUUUACUGUUAUUCUUUCCGGAACAAAUGAAAUCUAUUUAUUGCAAACAUUUUUUUUUUUAAUUUGUAAAAUUAUUGUUCGAUUCUGAUAACAUUUAAUUUAAGAAUUUAUUUUUGGGUUAUAUAUUAAAAUGUGAAUAUUGCCCGAAACUUUAUCCGAACACAUGCUUACUUGUUUUAAGGUUUAGUUUUAAAAUAAGCCACGCUGAAAGGUUUAAGAAAUGUAUUUUUUAAUUUUGAAUUAUUCCUAAACUUAGAUCAAAUGUAAUCUUACAGUCUAGUAUAUAGGACCUACUUAAAAGAUACAACCUAAUAGUAUCUACUUAAACUUUUGAGAUGAGACAAACUUACACUUAACAGCUAUUAAUACUAUAAAAACAUAAAUAACCAUUCAAAUAUGCUGUAUUAACAAUGUCGUUUCAGAAUGUACUUCUUAAUUUUAGGUAUUACAUUAAAUUAAAGAAAAUUCAAAAUAAUUUAAUCAUAAUCAUUAAUUAUAAAAUAUAUAUUGAUUCGUGGUUAUGACAACUACCUAUAUGAAGCUUAAUACAUUAAAACCUAAAUAUUUGUACGGCAAUAUUUUGUAAUUUGUAUGUAGAUAUUACAGUCCCAUGGCGGAAUUUCAUGUUAAUUAUACAUACCUAUGAUAUGCAAAAUAUCCCAUUAGCCAGCCAUUAACGCUAGGUCUAGGAAUAAAACCAACACUGAACCAUUUUUUGAAGUUAGAUUUUUAUGAUAUACAAGACAAGAUAAUAACAAAACAGACAACAUAACGUAAUCUCAGUGUUGAGGUUUCAGCUAUACGAAUAGGAACGCAUAUCAUCUAUACACAAGAAUAGCAACUCGACGAAAAAAUACACGAAUUUUAAAUUAGUAUAGUGAUUGAAAUAUAUUUAAUAAUAUGUACUUUGUAAAUAAAUUUAAAACGUAACUUAAUAUUUCUUAAUUGUGUAACUAUUCUUGUGACUAUAGGCGAUAUUACACGCAUACAAAACAGUAAUUUUCAUAUAAUGUAAAAAUAAUUUAUAACUAUUAACAGUGAAUUAUAUUUGAUACGUAUAUGUCUACAUAGGUAAACUAAUAAAUAGUAAAUGUGAAUUAUUAAAAAACAUUUGCAGUGCUUUCUAUGUUCCUGUAACUUGUACUAUUAUUAAAUUUAAUUUUACUUGUUGACCUAACCAGAAACAAUAUAACUGAUUAUAAUGUCAUAUUUAAGAUUAUUUCAAACAAAAUGUAUUAAACGAAAAAGUUCUAAUAAACUCAUUCCAACAAAACAUUCAACUGUAUUACAAUGUGGUAACGUUAUAGCAUUAUAUUAAUAAGCUACAAUAUUAAUGUUAACUAUUUGUUAAAUUGGCAAAAGUAAAAUAUAUUGUUUAUAUGAAUGAAACAUAGAAAGCCAAAUUCCCAUAAUAUCGCUGAACAUUCAUUGUAAUAUUAAGAUGUUUUAUUAAUAUAAAAACUGAUGUAAAAUAAAAAAUAAUAACAGAUGUACUCAAUAUAAUAUAAUGCACUUAUUUUUAAUUAAGCAUAAUUUAAUAGUA